UCGCCAGGUCCCGGCAAGAGAUUCCCCACCGGCACCCAGCGAUCGCUGAGUAACACUGUCAGGAAAGAGACCUGUGUGUAAACCAUUGUAUUUCCCCGCACAGGAGAUAAAUACACGGCAGCAUGUCUCCCUAGUAAAACACACACAGCACAUUAUGUUAAACAGCACACAGUUAACCCUUUGAUCGCCCUAGAUGUUAACCCCUGCCUGCCCAGUGUCAUUAGUACAGUGUCGGUGCUUUUUAUUAGCACUGAUCACUGUAUUAAUGUCAUUGGGAUUUCAGUGGCAGUUAGUUCACAACCAGUGUCAGAAUGCCCGCCUCAGUCCCACUAUA